GUUAUUUCGGGUGAAAUUAACGAGACGCGGGACGGCGUUGAGCGCCAAGCGAGCGGCCGGGCGGAAUCCGCGUGCCGCGAUUCACCGAUCAGGGCGACCGCGCGGCGCCGGGCGCGCCCCGCGCGACCACAAUCGCCGUUCGAACGGCGAUCGAGCGAGUCGGGUUUAAAAUUUCAAAAAUGACCAAACGCGAUUCAAGCGGGACGAUGACGACGACGAUCCUCGGGCGGGCGACGCUUCGCCGUGCGGCCAGCCGCGAAAUGUCCACCCUCGCCCCGGUAACGGCCGCUUCAAGGCCGUUACACGGCUUCGAGUCGGCCUAUGCCGGCGGCCACUCGCACCGACUGUUUACCGAAUCUCCGGUCCCUGUUUGGUUAUGUCACUCCGUCGUGGCCGAUGCUCGACGGCCUCGGUCCCGUCGAUCGCACGAAACUCGCGAAUUUCCCCUCAACGGCCGUUCCGUCGGCGUUUGAAAUUCCUUGCGCUCCCGGGCCCGUCCCGGUGCUCUCCGGGUAGAACGGUAGCCUGCCUUUUUCGUUUUUUUCAUCGAAUUAGCUAGACAUUUUUUAAAUUCGAUGACGAGUGCGACACCUGACAUCUUGAAGCUUGAUAUUCAAGUGCAUGGGUGACUUUUGAUCUCGCCAACAUUUUCCACACACGAUGGGAACGUCGGCGCGCGUAAUCGCUGCCUUUCGUGUGCACCGUUUUCGUCGUCUGUGCGAGAUCGUUGUUGCUGUUGAUGUUCACACAUCACGCUUGAUUGAUGUGUGAACGACGUGAAUCUGCGGAGACACUGUUGUCCAUCAAGAAUGGCGGAUAUCCAUCAGUGGAUGAGAUUAAAACCGAGAUAAUGGAAGAUGAUGCGAUGGACGUGGAGGAGCACAAUAUUUCUAAUCAUUCGAUAGAGCCAGAACCACUGAUGGACACAGAGGAAUCAGAGCCGAUACCAGAGCUGGGACCCGCAGCUCUGGGCCUGCAGAGAGUCGGCACCCAACCACCUGCCAAACCGAACCCCCCGACACAACCAGUACAGGUCUUGAACCGCAGAGGGAUGCCAGCGAGAAUUAGAAAAAAAAAUAAGUUAUUCUACGAUGAUGUCUUGAUUAACCAUCCACAUCACAGGAUCAAGAAGGAUCCGAUGAGUGCAGAUGCGAAACAGUCUCCCAGGAAGUUGCUCCGGCCAUCGCCAGCCAAGAAGCAGAACAAGAUGUUGAACGAGUCGAGAAAGAAUUCAAACACGUCAUCGCAUUCUACUCCCGCAACCACACCGGUGAAGCAGGAGAGGGAACACGACAAACCAAUGCCACCUUCAUCCCCGGAUCGUAAGAUUGGGCAAAAGAUCGGCAUGAGACUGAGGAAUCUGUUGAAAUUACCAAAGGCCCACAAAUGGGUCUGCUACGAAUGGUUCUACAGUAACAUCGACAAGAUAUUGUUCGAGGGCGAUAACGACUUCAUGAUAUGCCUGAAAGAAUCGUUCCCACAGCUGAAGACCCGCAAGCUCACUCGCGUCGAAUGGUGCAAGAUCAGGAGGAUGAUGGGCAAGCCGCGACGAUGCUCGCAGUCUUUUUUCGAAGAAGAACGCCGCGAGCUGGAGAGGAAGAGGCAGAAGAUACGAAUGCUGCAGCAGAGGAAAGCGGCGGACGUAAACAGUUUCAAGGACCUACCGUCCGAGAUACCGUUGCAGUUAGUGAUCGGUACGAAAGUAACGGCGAGGCUGAGAAAGCCGCAAGACGGCUUGUUCACCGGGAGCAUCGACGCUGUCGACACCAGCAAUAAUACUUACAGAAUCACGUUUGAGAGAGCCGGACUCGGGACGCACAGCGUGCCCGAUUACGAAGUUUUAUCGAACGAACCGCCGGAAACGAUCAGCGUGGCCUCGUUUGCACAGAAAUUCAGGCCACGACACGUACAGUACGUGCCUUCGCCACCGUACACCUUAAAACUGUCGCCACGAUUGACCAACGAUCCUUUAAUAUCCAACGCCUCCGUGUCCCUGCCGAAGAAAUCGCAUAUCGGCGGUAUGGUGAACGGUUACCCGCUAAGAUUGCUCGAACUUAUGGUGAAGGUGAACAAGAUAUUGGCAGCUAAGAAGAUCAAAAUCAAAAAGUUGAAGGAGAUGAAUGGCGAAGCCGAGAAGAGACGUUCCUUCGGAGAGUCACUUCCUCCCGAUUUCGAGAGAAAAUAUGCGGGGAUUGUUGUUGAGCUAGAGAAGAUGAACGCGGCUCUUCAGGAUUUCCUAAAUGACGUUCAAGAACUAUGCCAGGAAAUGGCGCCCGAGCCAAGCGUGGCGGCGAUGUUAGCACCGUCGCAUUUGCGAGAGAAGUGCAGGCAAGAAGCGGCGGAUAUGGUCGCCAGGAACAAUAUGAUGAACGAUAAAGAGCCCGGCAAGAUGAAUCAAUUGGUGACGGACUUGACCGCUCUGAUGUUGCAAGUCAAGAGCUUAUCGGACUCCGACCGGAACGCUUACGAGCUCAAGGUAUUGCAAGGUACCAUGGAACAGAUCAGAUCAAAGCUCAGUCCUCAGAAUCAGCAGGUGUUUCAAAAUUGCGUGGAGAUUCACAUGCAGCACAUUCAGCUGGGUCUGGGACAGAUAGGCGCUCUGACCCCGUUCAUGGCUCAAAAAGCUUGAAAAAGAAAUUGACGAAAAUACCAUCGUACAAGUAUUUUCGCCAAGUGUACAGUGUGUAAUGAAGAACGAAAGGGGAUCGUAUGACAACACGAUUUUUAUAGGGAGCGAGGAGAGCCAGCUUUAUUUUCUCAUGUUGUAUAGCUCAUAAUAUUGUCAUGUGAAUCGCAUCUCUACACGAUAUAUAGGAUUUAAGAUCAUUUAUGUUAAUUUUGUACAUAUAUACAUGGAAUAUAUCUUGUCAGACUUGUUCUUUAAUUUCGUAAUAACACACUCACGAGAAUAUUUAGGGCAGAUUCGUAUAUUGUUGAACAUAUUAAACAUCUAAGAAUGUUCAUGUUUCAGAUUUUUACAUACUAAAUGUACAAUUUAAUCAUAGUGAUAUAAAUAUAAGUGAACUAUUGAAUCUGAUGCGAUGGUGUGUAUAAUGCAUGGGUAAUAAUAAUUAAAUGCUUUAAAACCUAAAA